CCUCGCCGGCUUCCCGACGUAAGUUAAGAAGAGCCCUUCCUGUCUUCGCUGUAUCUGUAAAGAUGGCGGACACGUGCGGCCAGGUGAUCCUUGGCUCGGGGCUCACCGUCCUGUCCCACCCGCUCAUGUACAUCAAGGUCCUGAUCCAGGUGGGACACGAGCCGCUCCCUCCCACUCUGGGCAGGAACCUGUUUGGGAGGCAAGUCUAUCAGCUCCCUGGACUGUUUGCUUAUGCAAAACACAUCAUCAAAAUCGAUGGGAAAGCAGGUCUGUUCAAAGGGCUCGGGCCCCGGCUGUGUGCCGGCACCAUCGGCACUGUCGUCCACAGCAAAGUCGUGCAGAAAUGUCAGGAUCAAGACACACCUCAGGUUUUGGGCGGCCAGCAGAAGGCUGCAGAAGGCUCCCUACAGCACGUCGUUAACGAGACAACCAAAGAGAUGAUUGCUCGUUCCUGCGCCACCAUCGUCACACACCCCUUUCACGUGAUCACCUUGAGAUGCAUGGUCCAGUUCAUUGGGAGGGAAACAAAGUACAGUGGCGUGUUUGAUUCGAUUGUCACCGUGUACAGAGAAGAAGGCAUCCUGGGCUUCUUUGCUGGACUGAUCCCUCGCUUGCUGGGCGACGUCCUGGCUCUGUGGAUCUGUAACAUGUUGGCUCACGCGAUCAAUACCUACGCCAUCGAUGACUCGAUGAGUCACACCGGAGAACUGAAAAACUGCUCCCAGGCCGUGACGGGGUUCUUCGCCAGUAUGCUCACAUACCCCUUUGUUUUGGUUUCAAACCUUAUGGCAGUCAACAACUGCGGGCUGGCUGGAGGCCUGCCCCCCUAUGCAUCUGUUUAUCCCACCUGGGUGGACUGCUGGAGACAUCUAAGCAGAGAGGGCAACAUGAGCAGAGGCAACAGCCUGUUUUUCCGGAAGGUUCCAGUGGGAAAAAUGUACGCCGUUGAUCAGAAGCGGUUUUUUUAAGAAUAAAUCCAACAAGAGAACUGAGCUGAACAUAGUUGUGAUAAUAAAUACAUGUUUGCCUGAUCCGGUCGGCAUUUUUCUUUCUUUCUUUUUUGUAUGCUCUUGUUUACAAUGAGUUCUUUUUUCGUUUUGUUUUUUCAACAACCUGCCCUCAUGUGAAAUAAAAAAGAAAACAAAUUAAUAAUAAUAAUAAAAAAACCUUUAGUUUCCAAUUAAUUUCAGCAGGUUUUGUUUGAUUAACAGAAAUUGGCCGCAGCAGUUGUAAAGAGCCAUGUGUACAGACAGUGAAGGUAGGAUGGCUCGUGUUGUUGGAGCCGUUGUGUGUAGGUGAACCCCCCCCCCCCACGUCGUGUUGCUCAUGAACUCCCCUAACGCGAUGGGACGCCUCCGUCUGCAUGUGGUAACGACCUGUGCUUCACAUUCAUGAAUCCGUGGGACCGCUCUCCAUGUGACCGUGUCUUUGAUGUUAGUUAUUGUGAACGGGUGUGUGUGUGUGUGUGUGUGAUGCAGUAAAGGAGGAGGAGGGGGGGUUGCAGGUUUGUUUGGGAGAAUGUGUGGAUGUGCAGAGGCAUGAAAAAGAGCUUGAGCUGACUAAAACUGAUCAGUCUAAAGUGCUUGUAUGAAGUCAUUCUGAUUGACCCAAAUAAACAGACGUUUUUGACCUUG